AUGUCAGCUAUCACUGUGGAUCAGGUAUCGGAGCUAGGUGAUCAUGGACAUUCUGGUUCUCCGGUCAUCAGUCCAGUCUACCAUAUUGAAAUUUGUCAAAGUCCUUCAAGCACAGCUCAAGGAAGUAUUGUGAAAGAACAUGUGCUUGGCCUUCUACACAGACAGAGAGUUGCCUAUGGUGAUUUUGUCCUAACUGAAUUUGAUGAUCCGUUCUUACAAGAACAUGUUAACUCAGUAGCGCUCUGUGAUUCUGACCUCAGUGGCUCAAACAAACAGACAAUAGAUCUAUGUGGGAGACAGUUGAAGCUCCACGUAUUCCAGCUACAGGAGGAUGGCCCAGGAAUGGAGGAACUUGAUGAGGAAGACCUUGCAGCAGCCUCACACUGGCUUCUUCCUGCCCGUGAUCUCCAUGGCAUGUGGGAUAGUCUUGUGUUUGAUGAAAAUGUCAAGAGUCGACUGUUGAACUAUGCAACAACAACCUUGUUGUUUUCUGACAGACAAGUGGAUAGCAACAUCAUAACCUGGAAUAAGGUUGUACUUCUUCACGGUCCCCCUGGCACUGGAAAGACAUCUUUAUGCAAGGCCUUGGCACAGAAACUGGUGUUGCGACUCUCUGAUCGCUACAGUUAUGGUCAGCUAAUCGAGAUUAACAGCCACAGUCUCUUCUCCAAGUGGUUCUCAGAGAGUGGUAAGCUUGUGAUGAAGAUGUUCCAGAAGAUACAGGAGCUUAUCGAUGACAAAGAAGCUAUUGUGUUUGUACUGAUUGAUGAGGUUGAAAGUUUGACCUCAGCCAGAAAGAGUGCUAUGUCUGGUAGUGAACCAUCGGAUGCCAUAAGGGUGGUGAAUGCCCUUCUUACACAGCUUGAUCAGAUCAAGAGACAGCCUAACGUGAUGAUCCUGACAACAUCAAAUGUGACGGGAGCCAUCGACCUAGCGUUUGUAGACAGGGCUGACAUCAAACAGUAUAUAGGACCUCCGUCUCCUGCGGCCAUUUUCAAAAUAUUCCACUCUUGUAUUAGUGAGCUGAUGAGGGUUGACAUCAUUAGUCCUGCGCAACAGUUACUAGAUCUAAGGGGUCUGGAGGCAAUGAGAUUCAUGGAAAAUGAUGCCACAAAAAAUAGUUUGGUGCUUCGUGAUAUUGCAACUAAGAGUCAUGGACUCAGUGGACGGACAUUGAGGAAAUUGCCUUUCAUUGCUCAUGCCAUGUUUGUUCAGGGUACAUCUGUAACAUUAGAAGACUUCUUGGUAGCCCUCAGUCAAGGAGUAGAUAGACAAUUCCAGGAAAGAGAAGAUUUGACAAAGGAAUGA